GUGACCAUAACAAUCACCAUUCCGAUCGAACUUCCACAUUGUUCUGUCUCCCUUCUACAAACCCAGAAGCUCCUUCCUCCAAUAUUCCUAAAUCCUAAUGGCUGCCGCAAUCCAUUUCUCAAAGGGCUCAUUUGCCCUUGCGUUGGCCCUGUUAUUAGUAGCCAUUGCCUCUGCGGAAAACUACAACCCUACUGCUUCUACUUCAGUAAUCAAGCCUGAUCAUGAUCACGAACCCGCUUAUCACAACAGUUAUGUUUCGACGACAGAUUCGGAGAAACUGGACUCGAAGAUGCACCGGUACGAGCAAGAAGAAGUCGAACGCAUGUCUGGAUCAGGAAAUGUGUACGAUACGAAAUCGCAAACCAGCGACAUCAAGGCAUUGGCCCCUGAAGCAGAGAAGCCAGAGGUUCGCUUCGGGAAGAAAUCGACCUACGACGGGGCGUUUGGUUCAAAACCGGAAGACGUGUUUGCUAAUGGUGUGGAAGGCGUCGUAGCUUGCAAAUCAGGAUCCGACUACUACCCUCUUCACGGAGCUGUGGUGAGAAUAACUUGCUCGGGAGUGGAAGAAGAGUCGCGGUGCUCAACAGACGCGAGGGGCUAUUUCUUCGAGAGGCUGCCGUACUAUGGUAAACUGAAACCAGAGCUGUGCAGGGCCUUCCUGGAGAAAUCUCCGUCGGAGAAAUGCAGUGUGCCUACGGAUGUGAACAAGGGCAUCAACGGCGCCAAACUCUCUUCGUACAGAAUCCUCCACGACAAGCGGGUCAAGCUUUACCCUCUCGGCCCGUUCUUUUACUCUUCCUCCCCUUCUUAUGGUCAGCAGCAACAGCUUAGUGCCCGGCAGCAACAAGUUUCCAAAUCUCCCGCCGGCUACUGAUAUAAUGAUGUGACCUCUGUUUCUCUAGCUCUUUCUUUCCAUGUGGUUCAUUGUUUUCUCUUUGGUUUAAUUUGUUGCCACCGAUAAUGAUCAACUUAAAUGAUGGCCCUUUGAUAAGAUGUAACAUUAUCACAACCCAAUUAUCAUCAACGGAAACGAGCCACCUAAUCCCCAAGUAUCCAUCAUCAAACCUAAUCCCAGCAAAGCACAGAACAAAGACAAAUUGCAAUUAACAAAAGUCAAAUAAUCGA